AUGGACGCCGCAGGAACCCCUUGUGAGGAGAUUUUCGUAGGCGUCAGCGGCGAGCUCACGGACGACAUGAAGGAGUACGUCCAGUCCCUCCGCGCCAACAUCGUCAGCACGUGCGGCGACCACUUCGCCUUCAAGGAUGGUGAAGAGCUGGCGAGCUUCGACGACAUCGUCCACGACCCGAUGUGGGUGAUUGUGACGAGGGCGAUGUGGGAGCUGGUGACACUUCAUCCAACUGGAUAUCUCGACGGAAGGGCGGUGUGGCUGUUGGCGAAGUUCCUCGGGUUGCACGGAUUUAGGAUAGUCAAGCACGAAGACGGCCACUUGGUCCCAUGUGAUGCCGGGGGCCCCAUCUCCUCCCAAGAGUGCCCCAUGAUGCUGCACGACGGCUACGGGCACUUCAAGGCCCUGAUUCCACUUCGAAGAAUGCCACUGGAGUUCGAGAUGGAGGAAGAGUACCAUUUGCUCCUCGACGAGGGUUUCGUGGACGGCACCGAUGAGGAGGAGGCCGUUCCGGGGACGUCGGAUUCGGAGACUUCGGACGGCACCGACGAGGUCCCUGAAUCGGCUGUCGCGGUAGAUGUAGCCGGCACGGAGGCGUCUGACGGUGGAUCGACGCCAAGCCCCGAAUCGUCUGAUUCCGGUGGGGGCGACAGUGACCUGGGGGCACGUGGAGCGUUUGGCGAAAAUGCUGAGGGAGAAGAGGUCAAAGCGGCUACCCGUUUGUCCAGCAAGAGGAGCCACCCAUGGGACGACGACGAGUAUUGGGAUGACGACGCCAACUACUACUCGGGUUGCACCAUAGUUGGCGAAGACGGGUGGACUCUCGUCGGCAAGGAAGGUCGGCGAAUGGGGUUGGAGACAAGCUUGGCCUUCGACGAAGCCUCGGGUUUGUACGACCUCACCAGUCCGAACAAAUGCCAGCCUUUGUUCCUAGACCACGAUGACGAAACCGAUGAGAACGAAGCAGCGGAGGUGGACGAGGCUGUGGACGAGGUGGGCGAAGAUGAAGCCGCAGAGGAGAUGGACGAGGACGAGGAGGCUGAGGCUGAGGCUGGAGAGGAGGAGCGAAGUCGGGUGACCAACAACAGCGCGAGAGAGUCCGAGGAGGAUGGUGAAGAUGGUGAAGACUCCGGGGAUGCAGAUGAUGCCGCGUCUCUGGAUGGAGUCAGCGAUGGCGAAGAGUCUGAAGAAGAUGAAGAGGACUCCGAUGAAGACUCCGGUAAAGGGCCUCGUGGUGCUGGUGGGGGAGCGGGUGGUGUGGCGUCAGCGGGUGAUGAAAACUCCGAUUUAGAGGACUCCGGGUAUGCUCCCAGCGAGGCCGGCGACACCGAUGGAGACACCGACGACGAUACCACCAGCGACGAGUGUUCCUCCACCGGCGGGGAAACUCGCUGCGAGGGGUGCGAAGAAGACUUCUAUUGUGAACUGGUGGAGUGCCCCACGUGCAAUGCGCAGUAUUGUCAGGACUGCGAGAACGACUUGUCUUCUGACAAAGAGCGAACGUGUUCUAGGUGUCAGCGAGCGGACGAUGAUGGUGUUGGUGAUUUUUCGAGUGGGGGGGUCACUGAUGGACCGGAUAAGUACACCGACACAGAUAGUGGUAGCGUCUCUGGAAACUCCAAGCGACGUCGUCGAUCUGCGGGGAAGAAACAUAAUCGCAUUCCAAGAACUUCUAGCCCGAGAGAGUCGUUGAUGGUGCCUAAAGACGACCAGCAGGCGGAACUUAUGUUAAGUCUAUACCGCAAAGCCCGCGAGAUGGAACGGAAACUCGCAGGAGAAAACAAGAGAAUCAAGGAGGUAAGGAACCUCACCCUCCUCGACCUCACGGAAGCAGCAAGCUGCUUGGACAAGGGUAAUCCCGUAAGCGAAGAGAUCUGGCGAAAGUGCGAAAAGGAGAACUACGGCCUGUACGGUAUCACCGUGCGUCGAGCCGGGCCAACCGGUGAGACGAUUCCGGGGACCGAGGUUACAUCAGACAAGGGUAGACGGGGGGAGCUCGUGGAGGCAAAGAUGGAUGAAGGAUACACCGUGUUCACCGUCGAGUGGUCGGAAGGCAAGAGCAACAGACGCAGCGCAUAUUCUACGGAGGACGUGCUUCGUGAUCGCGAUGAUAACCAGGGCGUGGCGACACUUGAGGAGGCGAAGGAGAAAAUGGGGGUGUUUCUACUUGCAACCUUGUGUAUGGUCAACGCCCAGGUUUACCGAUUCAUUACCAAGAACACCAAGUUGGAGAAUGUGUCAGUGUCAAGUGAGACACGCCCCCUGGCCCGGGAUAAAACAGUUGAUAUUACAAAAGGCCGGAAUCACGCUUGGGAGGAGACGAAGAAAGCUCGUGCGGUGGACACGCUCAUGGAUAAUGAAGUCACGUUCUUGGACUCCUCUGAGGACAAAGGCUUGCGGGUGGAGAUGGAAGAAAAAACGUGCUUCGAAAUGAUGGGAUUGAUCAAUGACGCCAGAGCUCACUUCACGGGUCUCGUGAGAAGCACGGAAGACUUCCAAGACAAGCAUCUAGCUUUCGUCAACCACUUUGUGAGGGGGGCGCAGGCGUCCUUUCGGCUGGGUCGACCCACCAACAUGGCGUCGUCCAUGAUCCAUCUUUCGGUGAACGAGCUUCCUCCCGGAGUCCAGGCCAAAACAUUGAAGGAACAAGACACUCAGUUGUAUCAACCCGGUGAGCCGACGUCUUUUAGCCUGGGGAUGAGGUGUGUCUUGGCGAGGGCACGGGUGAAGGAUUCAGAAGAGUUUGGUGACGGGGGAUCUUCGACCUGCCAGUUUCUGAUGAGGUAUCCGUUGUACAGGCUUUUGGAUCUUUCCCGGGUUGAUAAUCUUCCUCUGUGUCCGACAACGGAGCAUUCGAGUCAUGUUUCACCAACACUUCGCCACAGAGAUGCGUACAGUCAAGCGUUUUCUUCGCACAGUAAGCGGAAAGCGGAUUUGGACGUGUUUGACAUAAUCAAGGGGGGGUAUCAUUCUGUGUCGCAAGAGAAGCGGUCCGAAAAAGGUGUGAUAGAGAAUGAAAACGAGAGGAUCGCAUUUGGUGCGAAGUUCAAUAAAGGCAGGACUCACUUGGUGGGAAGCGAUGAAUGUCUGCAAGGGUUUCUUUUACUUGAAGAACUCGUGUCUCGCAAUGGGAUAGACUCGUUCAUGGAGAAGUUACCCGACAAGGAUGAUAUUGUCAAGAUGUGCAAUGAAGUGCUUGAGAUGAACCCACGCAAGCGCGAGAACGAGGAUCAUCUUUGUCCACCGGAGUUCAAACAGAGGAUUGAAGCGAUCGUCGAUGAACUGGUAGAAGGAAACAAGGUAACCAGAUCGGAUAUUUCGUUGCUCAGUUGCUCUUUAACGGUGUUGGAUUCUCUGCUUACCGCUGCCCUUCGAAAGCAAGACAUUUUGGGACAGCUUGCUAAAGAUUUGUACCGAAUGAAGUGUAAGGACGUAUAUGGCAACGACGUUGCUAUUACCCGGUGUCUUCUUCCCCGUUACUUCAAAAACAAGAAAGCACUCGAGAAUUCUACGUGUGGAGUAGUUGUGAACCAUACAAAACAUGAGAAGUGUGAGGGGGCGUAUGCGGUUAUGGCAGUCAUUGGGAGGAAGGUGAUGCGAAGCUUCUUGAGAAGGAGGCGGAAAAGAACUUGGCAGAGCUCAGAAAGAAAGGGGGGUGUACCGAGAAAGCCUUAG